UUUUGAAAUGGAGUCGGAAGUGUUGGGUGCAAGCAACCCCUCUACAGUAGAAGGCGACCACCUGAUUCUAGACCAAGACCCAUAUGAGGCCGACAUCUACGAAGUCCCGGACCCGGGGUUCCUCAAGGAAGAGAGGGGGUCAUCAUUUUCGGAGCCGGCCCCACAGCUUUUUACCAACAACUCGCGGUGGCAGAACAUCGCUCUGAGUGCCCGUGCCCGCCAGCUGUGGCUGCUCCUGCGCACAGGCCUGCAGACCGUUGUGGAAAAGGAAAAGAGAGCUGAGCUGCACGUGGCGCGCUUGACGCACGGGCUGGAACCCUUGCGGCGCCUGGAGGUGGCAGCUGGGCUGUGUUCGGUGGCACAGGACCCCGUGGGCAGACGCUUCGUGGUGCUGGAUGGUGCAGGCUGCCUGCACCUGCACAGAGAGGAUGGCUGGGCACAAGAGAAGCUGCUGGCUCCAGUUGCACUUACAGGGCUAGUGGCGGUGCUGGGCCCGCUGGGUACUGUGGGCCGCUUUGUGGGCUGGGGCCCAGUGGGGCUGGCCAUACUAAGGUCCGACCUUAGCCUACUGUGGCUGAGUAAGCCAGGGGAGCACAGGGUGCCGGGCCGUGAGCCCAUCUGCUGCCUGCCGGUGCCAGAUCCCGGACUGCUGCUGGUGGCGGAGGCAGGCAGAAGCCUGGUGCUCUGGAAGUUCCGUUCAGGGGGCCGCUGCCUGGUUCCCCACGGGUCACCUCUGCAGCUACCACCAAGCAUCUCGGGUGCACUUGCGCGUCUGGCUCUGGGGCCUCGGCCUCCCCAUCACGACCCAUGCUGCUUCGCAGCCUAUGGCUCAGCUGUGCUCACCUUUGAUCUGCAAACCUGGGCUCUCACAGAUGUGCAUCGGAAUCUGCACAAAACCACUAUCUUUGACCUGGCGUACUGUAGAGAGGUAGAGGCCAUGGUGACAGCUUCCCAGGACAGCACGGUGAAAGUGUGGGAGGCUGACUGGCAGAUCCGGAUGGUGUUCGUGGGACACAGAGGCCCAGUGACCGCGGUGGCCGUGCUCCCGAACACGGCCCUGGUGGUGUCGGCUUCACAGGACGGGACGCUGCGCACAUGGGACCUGCAGGCAGCGGCGCAGGUGGGUGAGGUGGCGCUCACCUGCUGGGGCCGCGGCGUGCCGACGGAGAGUGUGAGCCGUCUGCUGGCCCCCGCCGGCCUGGGCUGGCCCUUGCUCUCCUUGGGGGCCCGCAGCGUGGGGCUAUGGCGUGCGAGGGAGCUCUACUCGCCAUUGGCGCAGCUGUCUGCGCCGGUGCUCCACCUGCAGUUGGCGCCGGCGCUGCCCAAGCCCACCGCCCCGCACGCGGCGCUGCCCGCGCGCCUGGUGUGCGCCUGCACCGACGGCUCGGUCUACCUGGUGUCGGUCUCUGGCGGACGCACCGUGAGUGCGCUUCUGCUGGAGCCCGAGGACUGCGCGGCCGCCGUGGCCUACUGCCUGCCUCGCGAGGCGCUGUGGGUGCUGACGCGCACCGGACACCUGCUGUGUGCCAACGCAGCACGCUCCCCAAUGCGGGUGCUGCACCGCCUGUGCCCGCCGCCGCCACCUGAGCCCCAGCCCUGCUGCCUGCACCUCUACAGCCACCUCACAGACCCCGCCAGCGCGUUCACCAACUGGGAGAUAGUGUGCCAGUACAAGGGCGAGCUAUGCCGCAGCGACGUGGCCUGGGCCUGGAAGGACAAGAACCGGUACCUGCCCGUGGUGGGGCACACCGAUGGCACCCUGUCCGUACUCGAGUUGCGCUCCUCGAAGACAGUCUUCCGGACGGAAGCACACAGCCCAGGGCCCGUCACUGCCAUCGCAUCCACCUGGAACAGCAUCGUGUCCUCUGGGGGAGACCUGACUGUGAAGAUGUGGCGCGUCUUCCCCUACGCCGAGGAGAGCCUGAGCCCCUUGCGCACCUUCUGCUGCUGCCACCCAGCAGUGGUGCUCUGCGCCCUCGGCAACCGCGUCACCGUGGGCUUCGAGGACCCGAACAGCGCCACCUACGGCCUGGUGCAGUUUGGCCUGGGCAGCAGCCCUCGCUAUGAUCACCGGCCCCAGGACGACCCUACGGACCACAUCACUGGCCUGUGCUGCUGUCCCACGCUCAAGCUGUAUGCCUGUUCCAGCCUGGACCACACCAUCCGCAUCUGGACAGCGGAGAACAAGCUGCUGCGGUGGGCUGGGGAGGGGUGGGGGCGGGGAGCAGCUGCCUGGGUUUCCCACCUCUGCCCUACCAGAGCUGGGCAGCUGGAGGGGGUGCAGGGAUGGCCGGGGACUUGCCUCUGCUCCUGCCUUGGUGUUCUACUCAGAGAAGCAGGGCUGGACUCCCACUCUGAACCCCCCUCCAGGCUCCUACAUCUGAACGGUGCCCCUCAGGCCCUGACCUUCUGCAGCAACAAUGGGGACCUGGUCCUGGCGCUGGGCUCCCGCCUCUGCCUGCUGGACCACAGACUCUACCUGCCCACAUCUUACCUGCUUAAGAAGCUGUGCCAAGAGGUCCCUGAUGGGGUGGAUGACCCUCCACUGCCGCUGGCCAGCCAGGAGUCACUGACCUCAGCCCAGCUACAGAGGCUCGCCAACCUGCGUGGGGCGGCCAGCCUCAGCACAGCCUUAUGUUUCAUCCAUCGCCAGACAACAGCUCCUCAGCAGCCAGUGUCGGAGGAGGUGGGGUGGCUCCCGGUGCCCCCCCAGCCCCCAAGCUCAGGACCCUCCCGUUCGGUCCCUGGGGCAGGCCUGGGGUCCCUGCACCUAUCUGGGUGGCACAUGACAAGCCUCAAGGAAGAGUGAGCUGACCCCUGACCCCCACCCCAGGACUUGGAAGCCCUGGUUGCCCGGGACCAAGACCUUCAGCAAUUGAGACUGGGGCUGGAGAGCCCGGCAGCCCGGCCCCAGCUGACUUGGCAGCAGCGCCAGCAGGCCUUUGAUAACUACCUACAUCUGAUCUACGGCCCGGGCAUGCUGGGUCUGGAUUCUGAAGCACAGCCCCAGCAGCAGUGGGGCACGGUGGCCCUUGCAGUGGAGAGAGAGACCUGGGACCCGAGUGCCCAGCCCAGAGAUGGCCCUGCUCUCGGGGGCACUGAAGCCCCACCACUGCAGGACGUAGGGACCCUGGGCAGGCGCUUUGCCCGCCCUCCCCGAGUCCCCUUGCCUCUCCCACCCACCUACCGGAGGGUGCACAGCAGAGCAUCCCAGCUACUGGCCCUGUCCUCCCUGAGCUGCGAGCUGGGCCUCGGUCUGGACCUGCAGCUGCAGCGGGACAGGCUCAGCGAGAAGCCUCUGGUCUGGGAUCCUCUGCCCCCCGACCUGGGGCAGAGCAGGACCUCCCUGCUGCUGCAGAGGCGGCCCCAGGAGCUGCUCUCCAACUGCAGGGGCUUCUUCCCUGCCACCAUCCAUCCUUACAAGUACUGGCGGUGGCCCAUCCGCUUCCCGGGCUUCGUGCCCAAUUCGGUGGUGCUGCAGCAGAUGUGGUCGCCCGAGGAGGUCAGCGGCCUUGGAGCCCUCUGGGGCAGCCGCGAGAGCAAGCAGCGCAGGGGCCACGAUGACCUGUGGCUGGCGCGGGGCAUCAGGCGGCGCCGCACCAAGAAGCAGCAGCAGAAGUUGAUCCAGUGGCUGAGGGACGAGGAGGACGAGGACGAGGAGGAGCCGGACCUGGACUGGGCCUUGGAGCCCCCAAGUCCCCCGCAUAGGCUGCCCUCUGACCCGCUGCUGGUGCCCAUGAGGCCGCAGGCGCUGAGCGCCAAGGACCCUAUCCUGAGCCUCAAGGGCGCCCAUGAGGACACCGCCGGGACCGAGACCUACGUUCACCGCCCCCAGUUCCACUAUGCACAGUUGCUCUGGGAGCAGCACUACGGGCGUCUGCCGAAGUUUCUGCAGUUCUUCGUUGAGCAGAACUGGUUCAAAAAGCUCUUCCCCAUCUUCACCCUUCAGGCCUACCCCGAGAUGGGCACGGUGGAGGGCCUGGCCUCCGCGUUCAUGGACCUACUGGAGGAGGCCUCCUGGGCUGACCGUGUGCACGUGCUGCGCGCGCUGCUGCGGCUGCUACCGGACCUCAGCAGAGAGUUUUGUAGCCGGCUGCAGGGCACCCUCCUGCGCUUGCUCAACCUGGAGCAGCCCCCCAGCCUGCAGGACCGGGUCCAGAAGCAGUUUGUGAUGCUGGCGCUGCAGCUGCUCCUGGCAUGCUCUCUGGAGUCCCGCGAGGUGGUGCUGGAGCUGAUGUCCUACUUCCUCUACUCACCAGCCCCCUGCUGGCCAGAGCUCAGGAAGCUGCUGGACGGACUCGGCCUUCAGGACCCGCAGGGCUUCCUGUUCAAGGAGAUGAUGACCUGGGUCCAGGGCCCAGACCCUGAGUCCAAGGCCACACUGCGCAGGCGCUGCUGCCAGAAGCUGGAGGAGAUGAUCCAGCAGCUGCAGGUGGAGACCAUGCAGCUGUCUGUAGGCAAGUUGUCAGAGGUGCUGCCCAAGGUCUCAGAGACCUCAGGACUUCACCCCCCUUCUAAGAAGGCCCUGUCGCAGAUCUCGAUGCUCUCUGGGGCAGCAGGUCACGUGUCUGUGACAUCCUCCAACGUCUCCCAGACACCCUCUCUGGUGGUCUCACCAGGGGUGUCAGACUUGACCGCCCUGGAGCCCCAGGCCCAGCAGAUGCUGGCACAGCCGCAUUUUUCGAGGACCUGUCGUGCGCUGUCAGAGACCCUGACGUGCUUCUGCCUCCAGCCUGAGGUCUUCUUGCGGUCCUCCGCACCCGCCAUACUGCCGCAUGAGAUGCUGCCUCGUGAGAUGCCGCCCUGUGAGAUGCUGCCUCUGGCGCAGAUGGUCUGGUCACAGUCCAAAAUGCUGGACCUGGGGCCCAUUGAUGCACUCAACUUCUUUUGCGAGCAGCAGCGCAUUCGGCAGCAGGGGCCCCUGCCCGAGGAGCCCUACAGCCCGCCCCCAGGCUCUCCCCCACCCCCGCAGGUUCAUGGCAUAGUGCUGCCACGGUCCCCAGAUCCCCAGCACGACCGCAUCCUCCGGCUUCAGGAGGCUAGGGUCCAGAGGCCUCCCAUGAGACUGAGGGGCCGAAUGUUGUCCCAGCUCUCGGCAAACCACUCCCUGGACCGAACCAUCCGCAUACUGAAGCUGCCACUGCCUCGGGUGGAACUGCAGCCUUUCCCCCCAGACUGGCCCAGGUCCACCCGUCCGCUGCCCCCACGGCUCCUGCAGCCUGCUCUGCAGCGCUACUUUCUGCCAGAUGACACCAACCCUGACAGCUACCGCUAACCCAGCGAGUGGCCCUGGCCCGGCCCUGACUCCCCCUUCUCUCCAACAUGGAGUCAAGACAUGGCUCUCCAGCCAGCUGUUUGCCCCAGCUAAGGCUCAGGGCUGGAAUAAAGUCCAGAGGCCAUAACCCACACACUGGAUGCCACCUUCACCUUUGGGGGCCACUGAGGUGGGUAGGGGGUCUGGUGUGUGGUGAACCUGCUGGUGGCCAGUUGCCCGUGUGAGGCAUGUGUAGGGGCCUGGUGGGGUCUGGGGUGGGACAGGAUCUGGGCUGGGGUCAGCACAUGUUGAGCAGUGUUCCUGGUGGGGGUGCGUUUGUCUGCCCAGAGAAGGAACCCACAGCACAGGCAUGUCCCUGCUCAGGCACUUA